AUGGCCGACGAUACGGACGUUGAGACGACCACGAUUGUCUCGAAGGCAUUGGAGCAAUUCCUCGCGAUGGUGGUUAAGCGCACGGCAGCGGUUUCACCGAGCAAAUUGACGCACUAUUAA